CAAUUGCUCUUUCUCAUAGAGCGAGGCAAUAUGAAUAUUGGGUAUCUUUGCGGACUAUUACUUGUAUCUAUUGUUUAUGGUCAGCAUUUCCAUACAAGCCACUGUUAUGACGCAUAUUAUGAAUGUAGUGAACAGAAUCCCUGUUAUGAAAAAGAAGUUUGCUUUAAGGGAUGUUGUGUAAAUGCCACCUGUCCUGGUCCAGAAUUUUACUGUUUCUCUAACGGGGAAUAUCAGUGUUAUGAAGACGAACACUGCGGGAAAGAAACUGGAUGUUGUGAGAAGAACCCCAUAACCACCACCCCGUAUCCCUACAUGGACCCCGUGGCAACAACCCAACCACCAUACAUGAAUCCUGCUCAUAACGCAGGUCACAGUAGACAACAAAACAUGGGAAACAGAGCUCAUCACAACAUGGGUACUGGGCAACAUCAUAACGUGGGGAGUGGGCAGCAACAUAAUAUGGGUCAAAAUCAUCAUCAACAAAAUAGUCCUCCUCAUAAAACUGGUCAAGGAGGCACUCAUGGUCAGGCACCUCCCCAGAAUUUUUAUUAUACCACUCCUCCUAGUCUUUAUUAUACAACUGCUCCACAAAAUGCUGAUUAUCGUAACUGUGACCCCUACUACCAUUGUACCACCACAGCAGACUGCUGGGAACCAGAGACUUGUCACAAAGGAUGCUGUGUCACCGCUCCUUAAAAACAAACUGACCUGUUUUGUGAUAAUUGUGCAUUUUUUCUUGUUAUUUAUUAAUUUUUAUAUUAUAAACUGUUUUAGAAGAACUUAAAAUCAGUUUUCAGUUUAUGAUAGUCCUAAAAACUUUGCUUACAGCUGUUAGAAAGUAAGGUUUUUUUCCUAAGAAAACCAUUUUUCGCUCAGUGAUGAUGCCGAUUUCCAAUUUAAAGAGAUGACCAAUUUUGAAUAUUGUUGAGAGUUUUGCUGUGGUUACUUUGAAAUUUAAAAAAGAGACCUAAACUACCAUUUAUGAAAAAUGUAGGCAAGGGUAGAUGGAAGCAAGUUAAUGUAGGCUUAAGUGUUUUACCACAAUGUGUAUAUUGUAUAGCUCCUGUCGGUUUUAUUUAUACUUGAAAAUCUGUUAAUAUUACCCAUCCUCAAACUUGUUGAUGUCCAUUACAAAGCAUGAAUUCAUUUUUGCAAUUUGUUUUCUUACCUGAGCUCAAAUAAAAAAACCCAAAAAAUU